UCAUUAUUUUGUUCACCUAAAAAACUAGCUAGAAAGAGAAAAAAUGAUUGAGGAGAGAGAAAAGACACAUCUCAUUAUUUGAAGACCUCAUAAAAGAAAUUCAAUGUAUAACAUUUUAUAGAAACAAACAUAUAGAUAUCUAUAGAGGAAGGGAGGAAUAGAUAUACAUAGAGAGAGGAAUGGGGAAAAGCAAAGUGUUGAUAGUAGGGGGAACUGGGUACUUGGGGAAGAGGCUAGUGAAGGCAAGUUUAGAAGAGGGUCAUGAGACGUAUGUGGUUCACAGACCUGAGAUAAAUGUUGAUAUUGAGAGAGUUCAAAUGCUUUUGUCGUUCAAGGAGAAAGGAGCAACACUUGUCUCCGCUUCUUUCAAUGACCAUCAAAGUCUCGUCGACGCUGUGAAACUUGUUGAUGUUGUCAUUUGCGCCAUUUCUGGUGUUCAUCUCCGAAGCCACCAUAUUCUUCUUCAGCUCAAGCUUGUGGAUGCUAUCAAACAAGCUGGAAAUGUUAAGAGAUUUUUGCCAUCUGAGUUUGGAACUGAGCCAGCAAGAAUGAAAAAUACAAUAGGUGCAGAAAGAGUAGUAUUUAAUGACAAAAUGGAAGUGAGAAAAGCUAUUGAAGAAGCAAAUAUUCCUUUUACAUAUAUUUCAGCUAAUUGUUGUGCUGGUUAUUUCCUCGGUGGUUUGGGUCAACCAGGUCACUAUCUUCCUUCUACUGACUUUGUGCAUUUGCUUGGAGAUGGCAACAAAAAGGCUAUAUACGUUGAUGAAGAUGACAUAGCAAGGUACACAGUCAAAACCGUAGAUGACCCUCGAACUCUGAACAAGACGGUGUAUCUUAGACCACCAAAGAAUAUUUUGUCCCAGAGAGAAGUUAUUGGAGUUUGGGAGAAGCUCAUUGGGAAAGAGUUGCACAAGUCAUCAAUCUCAAAGCAAGAGUUUCUAGCUAGUGCGAAAGAUCUAGAUUAUGCUUGGCAAGUUGGAAUGGGACAUUACUACAAUGUGUUUUUUGAAGGUUGCCUAACAAAUUUCGAAAUAGGCGACGAAGGUGUCGAAGCCACUGAACUUUAUCCAGAAAUUAAUUAUGUUUCGGCUGUCGACUACAUGAAGCGCUAUCUCUAGUGAAUGAUACAUAUAUUACAUAUAGAGCUUUUAUUUAUUUUUAUAUUAGAAGACGGGGAUUUUAACUUGGAAUCACUAGGUCUAUGAGCACAAAUAGACCUCUUAUUAAUAAUGUAAAAAUAAAUAGGACUUAUCCCCCGAACAAUAAUCCUUGUAGAGUUUCGUCUUCUAAAACUUUCUGUGUUGCAUGUUGGAUUAGAAUCUUAUUUGUGAGCACAUAUAUAAUGUAUAUAUUAUUAUAAAGUGUGUAUUGCGGAAUUGAAUUGAAACCAGUGAAAGAAUAUUAUUUGAUAA